UCCAAGAAAAUCUUAAAAAGAUCCAAUAAAAUCUGAUUUGAGGUAGAAAUGUGAUUAUCCCACCAAGAACAUUUAUCCCCAAAGACCAAAGGAAAGCAAAGUCAAACUUCUCCUUUCUCCUCCAAAAACCAUUUACAGUGGAAGCUUUGAACUCCAAAGCAAAAUCAGCAAAACUCUUCUUCAGAGAGAGAGAGAGAGAUGGAGAAGAUAAAGCACAGCACCGUAUUCGUGAACGGCAUAAACAUGCACGUAGCAGAAAUCGGCGACGGUCCACCUGUCCUAUUCCUACACGGCUUCCCUGACCUCUGGUACACGUGGCGGCACCAGAUGCUCUCCCUCUCCUCCCGCGGCUACCGCGCAAUCGCCCCGGACAUGCGCGGCUACGGCGACACCGACGCGCCGCCCUCCGCCGCCAGCUACACCGCCUUCCACAUCGUCGGCGAUAUCGUGGGCCUGUUGGAUGCACUGGGACUGGAUCGGGUCUUCCUGGUGGGCCACGACUGGGGGGCCUACAUGGCCUGGUACUUUUGCUUGUUCAGGCCCGAACGGGUUAGGGCUUUGGUUAACAUGAGCGUUGUGUUCCAUCCGAGGAGCCCUUCGAGAAAACCAAUUCAGUCACUUAGAGCUGCGUUUGGUGAUGACUAUUAUAUGUGCAGAUUUCAGGAACCUGGUGAGGCAGAGGAAGAGUUUUCCCGCGUUGAUACCGCAAGACUGAUAAAGUAUUUUUUCUUAUCUCGCACACCUGGUCCCCUUUGUGUGCCUAAGGAAGUGGGAUUUGGUGGUUCACCCCAUACUCCAUUUGACUUGCCCUCUUGGCUUUCGGAAGAAGAUCUCAAUUAUUAUGUCACCAAACAGAAAGGUUUCACUGGUGGACUAAAUUACUACCGAGCUUUGGACUUAAAUUGGGAGCUAACAGCACCAUGGACCGGGUCGCAAAUAAAGGUGCCGGUUAAAUUUAUUGUGGGUGACGAGGAUAUGAUUUAUACUACCCCAGGUGCCAAGCAAUAUAUUCACAGUGGUGCUUUCAAAAAACUUGUUCCCUUUUUGGAGGAACUUGUUGUAAUGGAAGGAGUAGCUCAUUUUCUCAGCCAAGAAAAGCCAGAAGAAAUCAGUGCGCACAUAUAUGAUUUCAUCCAGAGGUUUUGAUCCGACCUUGUUAUCUGUUCAUGCCAUGUUCUUGCAAGUGUGAUUAAAGGUCAUAUAUGUAACCAGAAUAAGACAUCUCUUUUCAAAAAAUAGUUGCCAUGGUUUUGUAAUUGUCUAAUUCUUUGUCACUACAAAACAAGCCAAUGCCUAUAUGUUAGGUUCCGGGCUACUUUGCUGUUAUAUGUUGGAUGCCAUUUUUACCUUUGAAAAAACAUGCCAAUUUCUUU